AUUGACCCUCUUGAAUUAAUUGAAUAUGCAUCUAAUACCUUCUUAAAUUCCAACAAUAGCUGUGUUAGUAUUGACAACAAUAGUAAUACUAAUAGUAACAAUGAUUACAACAUUAGUGAUUUUGGUAGUAGUAGGGAUGGUGCUAACAAUAUUAAUAAAGGUAACAACGAUGAUGGUGAUAACAAUGACGGGGAUAAUUAUAAUGACAAUGUUAAUGACAAAGACACCCAGAAUAACAAUAGUAAUAAUGGCGAUAGUAUAAAUAAUGACAACAAUAAUAAUACUAGUCUCCAUAAAUAUAAAGGAUUUAAAAUAGGUCACCUAAAUAUCCAAAGCUUACGUAAUAAGGUUGACCUACUCAAGGCAUUUUUAUAUGAUUGUAAAUUUGAUAUUUUCUCAAUAUCUGAAACCUGGUUGAAUGGUAAUAUUGAAGACAAUGAAAUCCUUAUUGAUGGUUUUAAGAUCUGCAGACUUGAUCGUCAGUUGAAACCUGGGGGUGGUGUUCUCUUUUACAUUCGAGAUGGCCUGAAUUUUAAGGAGAUAUCAGAAUUUAAAAUUAACGGAAUUGAAGCUCAUUGGAUCAAGGUUAAUUUACCACACACUAAACCACUUCUUAUCGGAACUGUUUAUAGACCUCCAAAUUCAGAUGCUGAGUAUCUUAACCAACUUGACACAGUUUUUCAAAAUUUUACAUCAAUGUAUGAAGAUGUUGUUAUCCUUGGGGAUUUUAAUCUCGACAUAACUAAAAAAACAAACAAACAAAAAAUUUCUAACUUAGCUAAACAUAGUAAUCUUCAUCAACUAAUUAAGGAUUAUACAAGAAUAACAAAUAUUAGUAAAACAAUUAUUGAUUUAAUAUAUGUUAGUAAUCUGAAUAAUUCAACUGCUGGUGUGAAAAGCUUAGGAAUCAGUGACCAUUCUCUCACUUACCUAAUUCGAAACACUAUUAAAAUUAAAAUUCCACCAAAAAUUAUUAAAGUCAGAUCUUUCAAAAAUUUUAAUGAAAAUGAAUAUAUAAAUGACCUCAAAAAAACUAAAUGGACACAAAUUAAACUCUGUUCUGAUGUUGAAAGUGCUUGGUCUAUUUGGAAACAUUUAUUUAGCACCAUUUAGCACCAUCAAAUAACUCUAAUGAUUGGGAACAAGCUAAACAUUUAAGAAAUAACUCAAUAAAUACUUAAAACAAAAAUACUGUUCUUCAGCUAUUAAUAAUAAUGCUAAUAAUCCUAAAAAGAUUUGGAAGAUCAUUCGUGAACUAAUUCCUCACAUAAACAUAAUAUUGAAAAAAUUUAUAAAAACGGAGAAUUUUCUAAGAAUGAUCGUGAAACAGCAAAUGAAUUCAACAAAUUUUUUACAUCCAUAGGUAACUCUUUAGCGACACAGUUUUGUGAUAAUCCGCCCUUAUUUUUUACUAACAAUAAUAAUAACAGUAAUAUUCCUAAUUCCCAUAAUAAAAAUUUCACUUUUGACCUAAUUGAACCUGUAUUUAUCUUAGAUGAAAUUUUAAAAUCUUCCAACAAUAAAGCUACUGGUCUAGAUGGUUUAGAUACAAAAUUGUUGAAGCACGCUGCCCCUUUAAUAUGUGAUUCACUGGCAUAUAUUUUUAACCUACAGUAUCUUUCUUUACCUCCACAUUCCCUUUGGAAUGGAAACAGGCAAAGGUUACACCCAUCUUCAAAAAAGGGGAUCGUGCUGAUACAAACAAUUAUCGACCUAUUUCAGUAUUGCCGUUAAUCAGUAAAAUCAUUGAAAGAGCUGUUUAUGAACAGUUGUAUGGUUAUCUUACGACUAAUAACUUUUUAAACAAUGCUCAAUCAGGUUUUCGUAAAAACCAUUCUACUGCUACAACACUUAUUGAUGUUUCCGAUUACAUUUUAGAUAAUAUUAAUGAAGGUAGAGUGACUGCUGCUAUAUUUGUUGACUUAAAAAAGGCUUUUGACAUGGUGAAUCACCAACUACUCAUUAACAAGUUGCACCAAUUUGGUCUUGAUUCUAUGUCUUUAAAUUGAUUUAAAUCAUAUUUAUCUUGUAGAUCACAAAUAGUCCAAAUCAACUCAACACGCUCAGAUGCUA